AUGAAUUCCCCGAUUCUGCAGAGGGGUCUAGAAGAGGAGAAGCUGGCCGGCCUUGGUAUUGUUGGAAUCAACAACAUGCAGGCCAAGAUUUCUACACAGGAGGCCCAGGCCGAGGAUGGCGUUCGCUAA